CAAUGCACCGGUGCGCAGUUUUUCCGCGGCCGGGUUGGUUCAUGGUACCACAGUGAGGGACAUUGGAUGACUUUGUGCCGUGUUUAGCCGCGGUAGUCGCUUUAGCUCAUUCAUUUUGACAGGGGAAGAGAUUGUCAACACGAUGGAGGCUCUUAUUCCUGUCAUUAACAAACUCCAGGAUGUCUUUAAUACAGUCGGGGCGGAUAUUAUCCAGCUGCCUCAGAUUGCAGUGGUGGGAACGCAGAGCAGCGGAAAAAGCUCUGUGCUGGAGAGUUUAGUUGGCAGAGACCUUCUGCCCCGCGGGACGGGCAUCGUCACCCGCAGGCCUCUCAUCCUCCAGCUGGUAAACGUAGACCCGGAGGACAGAAGAAAGACCGGCGAGGAGAAUGACACCAAUACCUGGAAAAAUGGGCGCCUUUACAAAGGAGUGGAUGGAGAAGAGUGGGGGAAAUUUCUACACACCAAAAGCAAGAUCUACACAGAUUUUGAUGAAAUCAGGCAAGAAAUCGAAAAUGAAACUGAAAGAGUUUCUGGCAAUAACAAGGGGAUUAGUGAUGAGCCUAUACACCUGAAAAUCUUCUCACCGCAUGUUGUCAAUCUCACGCUGGUGGAUCUGCCUGGCAUCACAAAGGUCCCAGUGGGAGACCAGCCCAAAGAUAUAGAGCUGCAGAUCCGUGAACUGAUCCUAAAAUACAUCAGCAAUCCCAACUGCAUUAUUUUAGCUGUCACUGCAGCGAACACAGACAUGGCCACCUCUGAAGCUCUGAAAGUGGCCCGUGAGGUGGAUACAGAUGGUCGCAGAACACUGGCUGUAGUGACUAAACUAGAUCUGAUGGAUGCUGGUACUGAUGCAAUGGAUGUACUAAUGGGCAGAGUCAUUCCUGUCAAACUAGGACUGAUAGGAGUGGUCAACAGGAGUCAGCUAGACAUCAAUAAUAAGAAAACUGUGGCAGACUCCAUCCGUGAUGAACAUGCCUUCCUACAGAAGAAAUACCCCUCCCUCGCCAACAGAAAUGGAACCAAAUAUCUUGCCAGAACAUUAAAUAGGUUAUUGAUGCAUCAUAUUAGGGACUGUUUACCAGAACUGAAGACGCGAAUCAACGUUCUAGCAGCCCAAUAUCAGUCCCUGCUCGGCAGCUAUGGCGAGCCGGUGGAUGACAAGAGCGCCACCCUGCUGCAGCUCAUCACAAAGUUCGCCACAGAGUACUGCAACACUAUUGAAGGAACGGCCAAAUACAUUGAGACCGCUGAACUGUGUGGUGGUGCGAGAAUUUGUUAUAUUUUCCAUGAGACGUUUGGUAGAACACUGGAGUCAGUCGAUCCACUUGGAGGACUUACAACCAUAGAUGUCCUUACAGCUAUUAGGAAUGCUACGGGUCCACGUCCUGCUCUGUUCGUGCCUGAGGUGUCAUUUGAGCUGCUGGUGAAGAGGCAGGUGAAGCGUCUGGAGGAGCCCAGUCUGCGCUGUGUGGAGCUGGUGCAUGAGGAGAUGCAGAGGAUCAUUCAGCACUGUAGCAACUACAGCACUCAGCGACUUCUCUUCUCUGAUGACGUGUUUGCCGGCGCGAGGGAGUUGCUUAGGUUUCCAAAGCUCCAUGAUGCCAUAGUAGAAGUGGUCACCUCUCUCCUCAGGAAGAGGCUACCAGUCACCAAUGAGAUGGUUCACAAUCUUGUGGCAAUUGAGUUGGCUUAUAUCAACACAAAACACCCAGACUUCGCAGAUGCUUGUGGGGUCAUGAACAACAACAUUGAGGAGCAGAGACGUAACCGAAUGAGAGAACUUCCCUCAGCAGUGCCUCGUGAUAAGUCCUUAAAAGGUCCUGGUGGGCAAUCAGUGUCGCCCACCGAGCAGCCGCCUGCUGAGGGCGAUGGCCCUAAGAUGGGUGGAGGAGCUCAGGGGGAGCAGGAAGGAGGAACAGGGACCUGGAGAGGCAUGUUAAAGAAGGGAGAGGAAGGCCAGGCCGAAGACCGGAACAAACAGAGCUCCUUCGCCUCCAGCCCUCAGAAAGGACACGCAGUGAACCUACUUGAUGUACCUGUGCCUGUUGCUCGGAAACUGUCUGCUCGCGAACAGAGGGACUGCGAGGUCAUCGAGAGGCUCAUCAAGUCUUAUUUUCUCAUUGUCCGUAAAAACAUCCAGGACAGUGUACCAAAGGCUGUGAUGCACUUCCUGGUGAACCAUGUGAAGGACAGCUUACAGAGCGAGCUGGUGGGGCAGCUGUAUAAACCCGCCCUGCUGGACGACCUCCUCACGGAGUCAGAGGACAUGGCCCAGCGCCGCAAUGAGGCCGCAGAUAUGCUGAAGGCCUUGCAGAGAGCCAGUCAGGUGAUCGCAGAGAUCCGUGAAACGCACCUGUGGUGAAGUCCUGCGCUGAUGUACAGCCCCUUUUCCUUUUGCUCGAGCCCUGUGGUCUGCGUCAGCUCUGUCUCUGUUCCACAGACAGCCAACUUGAAAAAUGCACUGGUGUCAGUUAGUGUGUAUUGAAUAUAGUUUUAUGUAUGCAACGGACUCUUCUUGACUACAUUGGGGGCAGCACAUAUCACGUUACACCUGCACACCGUCCCAUUCAGUGAUUCUUUCAUGUAUGUAAGCUACCAUGUUGCAGUUAACGUGUGCGGCCUGUUAAAGGACCAUGUGUCCCUGAUGUACCUAAAUUAAAGGUAGUGAUAUAAACAGAUCAAA